AUGCGGUUCUCGACUCUCGUCCCCCUUCUCCUCGCGGCAGGUGUCGCCAAUGCCCAGUUUGGUGGACAGGGCGGUGGCCAGAACAAUGGACAAAACAACGGCCAGAACAAUGGACAAAACAACGGCCAGAACAAUGGACAAAACAACGGCCAGAACAAUGGACAAAACAACGGCCAGAAUAACGGACAGAACAAUGGUCAGAACAACGGCCAGAAUAACAACGGCGGCAACAACGGUGGCAACAACAACGCACUCUGCCUCAACGCGGACAAUGUUCAGGAUGCCAGUAAAUCCAACGGACUUGGAGGUCAAGCGGAGGCCGGACAGGCUCCUUCCAACACCGAUGAUGCCAACUUUAUCAACUUCUGUCAAGGCAAGACCAAGACCAACGGUCUUCAGGUCCGUGAGGGUUCUUGUAACGGCAUUGUCUAUGGAGAUAUCCCUUCUGUCGAUAACAUGAUCUCAACUGUCUUUACCAACCCCAAGAAUGGUGACACUAUUCAGGCCAACCAGGCAAUCACAUUCUCCGUCAAGACCAACAAUCUGGUAGCUGGCUCGUUUACGAACCCUGACAACACCUAUUACGCUGCUCCCCAGACUCUGCAGGGCGGAAAUAUUGUUGGCCACACGCACAUCACUGUCCAGGACCUGAAUAACGACAUCAACACCGCGAACCCUCCUGACCCAAAGGUGUUUGCUUUCUUCAAGGGUGUCAACACCGCUGCCAACGGCCAGGGUGAACUCACCGCCGACCUUGCUGAUGGUCUUCCUGAUGGCGUCUACCGUGCCUGCACUCUUACCUCAUCCAGCAACCAUGCGCCUGUUAUCAUGCCCGUUGCUCAGCGUGGUGGCCAGGAUGACUGUGUAAGGUUCACCGUCGGCGGCAAUGGCGGCAACAACAACGGUCAGAACAACGGUGGCAACAACAACGGCCAGAACAAUGGACAAAACAACGGCCAGAACAACGGACAGAACAACGGACAGAACAACGGUCAGAACAACGGUCAGAACGGCGGCCAGGGUCAAGGAGGACAGGGCGGUCAGGGAGGCCAAGGUGGUCAGGGCGGUCAAGGUGGCUUCGGUGGACGUCGUGGCCGCGGUCGUGGCCGCUUCUCCCGCCGCCACUACAUCGCAUAA